AUGGGCAAAUAUGAACCUUACCUCAUGAAGUUCAGCAAGAACAAGUGCAAGGUCCUGUACCUGGCUCAGGGAAAUCCCCAGGAUCAGGACAGACUGGAGGAUGAAUGGAUUGAGAGUAGCCCUGCAAAGAAGGACUUGGGAAUACUGGUGGGUGCUGAUGAACUGAGGCUGUCAAACGGAACUGGCCCCUGCUCUGGGAGAGUGGAAGUAAAACAUGAGGAGCAGUGGGGUACUGUGUGUGAUGGUGACUGGACCAUAGAAGAUGCUGAGGUUGUUUGUAAGCAACUACAGUGUGGAUCUGCUGUUCAGGCCCUUAAUCGAGCUCCUUUUGGAGAAGGAUCUGGACCAACAUGGUUGUAUCGAGUUGAUUGCCAUGGUAAUGAAUCCUUUCUCUGGAACUGCUCACAUACAGGAUGGGGUACUUUUACCUGCCCUCAUUACUUUGAUAUUGGAGUGAUCUGCUCAGGUUUCUCUGGGCUGCGUCUGGCUGGAGGGGAUACUGCCUGCUCCGGACAUCUGAAAGUAAAGCAAGAAGAAACUUGGGCUACAGUCUGUUUUUCACACAUUGAUUUCAAAACUGCCUCUGUUAUAUGUAAUGAGAUAGAGUGUGGCCAGGCUGUGGAUAUCUUGAGAGGAACUCACUUUGGAGACAGUCAUGAACUGAUCUGGCAAGAAGAGUUUCACUGUGUAAAAAAACACAUUGUCCCAGGAUGCUGCACCAUAGUAAGACGUGCUCUCAUGAUGCCACUGUUGUAUGUUCAGGUGAGACUUUGGACUGAUGGACGCUAUGGUGGGUACAGGCUGGCAAAUGGCAGUACCACAUGUUCAGGGAAUGUAGAGCUUCUUCAUGGAGGCACAUGGGGACCCCUGUGUGACUACCUGUGGGAUUUACCAGCUGCCAAUGCCCUCUGCCAGCAGCUGGACUGUGGUGUUGCCCUACUGAUACCAGGUGGACAGUCCUUUGGGAAAGGAAAUGGAUCUGUCUGGAAUGGCACAUUCAGCUGCAAGACGAAUGGCUCACACCUGAGAGGCUGUCCUGUGAGUGUGCUAGGUCCUGAUGAAUGCCCUUCUGGAAAAGACGCUCAUGUGGUAUGUUCAGGGUGCCCAGGGGGCAGGUUGGUGAAUGGCACCACAUGCUCUGGCAGAGUGGAGAUCCGCCAUGGAGAUACGUGGGGAAGACUCUGCAGCUCCCACUGGAAUUUUCAAGCUGCCAAUGCUCUCUGUCGUCAGCUGAACUGUGGCUACGCAAAAUCAAUCCAGACAGAAGGCCGUUUUUUGGAUGGGAAUGGGCUUGUAUGGAGAGAUGCUUUUCACUGUGAAGGGACAGAGUCCUGCCUGUGGGAUUGUACUCAAGUGACUUUGGGCAAUCCAACCUGUUCAGCCAGAGAAGCAGCCACUGUUAUUUGCUCAGGUCUUGCUGAAUCACUCAGACUCUCAGGUGGUGAAAGCCGCUGUGAUGGGCGAGUUGAGAUCUCUCUCUAUGGCAUGUGGAGCAGAGUCCUGGAUGAUGACUGGGACAUCAAAGAUGGUCAUGUGGUAUGCAGACAGCUCCAGUGUGGAAUUGCCAAGAAAGCCUAUUACCUUCCAAGGUCUGAGCGAGGCAUGGGUCUUGUGGGCUUAAGAAGUGUCCAGUGUGCUGGAAAUGAGACUCAUCUGAUGCUCUGUAAGACCUCCCUUUCUCACACAGUGCCAACAGGAGUUGCUGAAGAUGUUGGUGUAAUUUGCUCAGGUAGCAGACGAAUCAGGCUGAUGAACGGAACAGAGCGCUGUGCUGGGAGAGUAGAGCUUUUUCAUGAUGGCAUCUGGGGCACUAUCUGUGAUGAUAACUGGGAUCUAUCAGAUGCUAAUGUUGUUUGCAAACAGCUGGGAUGUGGACAUGCCAUCAAGGCAUUUGUCUCUGCUCAUUAUGGUGAAGGCUCAGGACAGAUCUGGCUGGAUGAUGUGAACUGCACUGGCGCCGAACCUGAUCUCUGGGCAUGUCCCUCUAGGGCAUGGGGCCAGCACAACUGCCAACACAAAGAGGAUGCUGGAGUUCUAUGCUCAGGUGUGUUCAGCAAAUCCUUUUCUGACACUGUGGAUUGA